AUGAACAUCUCUCACAUUUACUACGAGACUCAACAGUCAAGUCGACUCUACUGUAGCUACUUUCAUCGAAAUAGUUUGAAAAUGUCAGUUCCAUCACCUCUUGUCUUGGCUAGCGUGCUCAUCUUCUUACUGGCCUUCAACGUGUGCGGUGUUCUUGCUCAAGAUCGUACGUGCUCCUAUCAUGACAGACCACAUCCCCGUGGUCUGUGUGGCUCAAGGCUUGCGGACACUGUCCAGCUUCUCUGUGAAAGCCGUGGACUGCGGUCGAAAAGAGACGCGGAGAAAGACGGAGAUGACAAGUUUGAUGUAAUGACCUUGACCAAGAAGAGCGCCCUGACCUACCUGGGCAAGAGAGAGUACACCGCCAACAUUGUGUGUGAGUGCUGCUAUAACCGGUGUUCAAUGAGCGAACUGCUAGCAUACUGCUAGAGCACUGAUCUGAUGAAGCUACAUGCUAGCUAUUUGACCUGAAAACUUUAUGGCUACCUUUUGAUAACCAGCAUUCUAAAACAUUUACAAAACAAAAAAACAAAAAACAACACAAAAAAACUCAACUGUUUAUUAGUCGCUUAUCAGUUCUAACAAGUUACUUUUAAACUGAAAAAUAAUGUCCUUGCCUAACGUGUAAAGUGUGUUAAAAAUACAAAGCCGUAAAGCAAAUAUAUA